AUGAUCUGGCUCUCGGGUCCAGUAUCUUUAUCAUCGCGCAAAGCGCUGGUCGCUGCAGUUCUCUUUUUCUUUCUAUUCUGGCAUUUAUCGUCUGUGUCUAAAUCAUCAGCGCCAAAGAGACAAUUGCAAUUCGUGCCAAGCACAUUUGAGUGGUCGACCCUACGCCAAUAUUAUCCUCCCUCGACCAUCAAGCCUCUACCAACGGAAAACCAUCAUCAGUUACCUCGUGUUCAAGCUGACACGAACAAAUUUCGUCAGACGUCAACCACGAAGACUCGUCAAAAAGCCGUCCGUGAUGAGUUUCUUCGCAGUUACAGGUCGUACAGGCAGUAUGCCUGGAUGAAGGACGAGUUGACGCCUCUUACUGCUCAGGGCAAGGACACCUUUGGCGGGUGGGCAGCAACGUUGGUGGAUUCUUUGGAUACGCUAUGGAUCAUGGAUCUCAAGGAAGAGUUCAGCGAAGCUGCCCAAGCGGCUGCGACUCUUGACUGGGGACAGCCUCAUGAAGGUGCUGUCAACUUAUUCGAAACGACAAUUCGUCACCUGGGUGGCCUUCUUGGUGCCUACGAAUUAAGUCACGAGAAGGUAUUGCUCCAGAAAGCUAUUGAGCUGGGAGAAAUGCUUUACGUUGCCUUCGACACACCUAACAGACUACCUGGCUUCUGGCUUAACUUUGAAGAUGCCAGGAACGGAAAACAGGUUGCGGGAGUCCAUGACCCUUCUGCCUCGCCCAGUUCCUUAGUCAUGGAAUUUACUAAACUGUCAAUGCUUACGGGCGAUCCCAAAUUCUACGAUGCCACCGAUCGAGUAACGCAGUUUCUUGUCAAAAUCCAGAACAGCACCCUGUUACCAGGGAUGUGGCCUCUCAGCCUCGACUUUCAAAACGAACAGGCCAAUGACAACACAUUCUCUCUUGGAGCACUGGCAGAUUCGCUUUAUGAGUACCUACCUAAGAUGCAUGCACUUAUGGGUGGUGUGGAUGAGAACUAUCCCACCAUGUAUCGCACAGCUAUGGAUGUGGUAGUGAAACAUUUGCUGUACCGACCUAUGCUGCCGGGACAGGACGAUGUCUUGUUUUCUGGUGACGUCCGUGUCCAUGAAAGAAUAGAACUGAGCACGGAGAGUCAGCAUCUUACUUGCUUCACUGGAGGUAUGUUUGCUCUUGGUGGCAAGCUUUUGGGUAUCGAAGAGCAUGUCAACAUUGGAGAAAGACUUGCUCGAGGUUGCGGUUGGGCAUACAAGUCAUUUCCUACAGGUAUGAUGCCUGAGAUCUUCAACAUCCUGGCCUGUCCGAGUCUAGAACCGUGCGUGUACGACAAGGAGCGUUGGAACCCCCCAAGGGAUGGCAUUCCACCCGGAUUUCGACAUGCCCGAGAUCCGAGAUAUCUCCUGCGUCCAGAAGCCAUCGAAAGCAUCUUUAUCAUGUACCGCAUCACAGCGGAUCCGAUUUGGCAGGACAUGGCUUGGGAUAUGUUCCAAUCGAUUAUUCGAUUUACAACUACUCCACACGGAAAUGCUGCAAUUGAUGAUGUUGUGAACGUGGAUACAAAACAAACAGAUUCUAUGGAGAGUUUCUGGUUGUCAGAGACACUCAAGUAUUUCUAUCUCAUAUUUUCAUCACCUGAUCUGGUUAGCUUGGAUCAGUAUGUUUUGAACACAGAAGCUCAUCCUUUCCGGAGGUCAUAA